GUGGCAAAUCACCCCCUCUAUUAACAUCGGCACUAUUCUUUCGUUAGUUUUAACAGUUUGCUUAUUAGCCCUUCCUCCGUCGAUCCCGUCGAAUACCACCGACCCAAAAGUCAUCUUCAAGCUAGCUCUCCGCGUGGUCAUCGACGAGCUCAUGAAGGUCUCCGUUUACCUUGACCAGCUAAAGGGGAAAAUCAUGGAUACCCGUGUCAAGGUUGCGUUGGAUGUCUGCGCCACCGUGAUUGACGACGCGCUGGAUCGACUCAAUGAGUCGGUUUCCACAAUGGAAGUCAGCAAGGGGGAGAAGCUGCUAUCGACGUUGAAGAUCGACGCUUUGAAGACAUGGCUCAACGCUUCCAUUACCGAUCAAGAAACCUGCUUUGAUGCCUUGGACGAAUUGAAUGGGACAGAGCACUUGGCGAUUCAUGACAAAUUAAAAACGGCGAUGCAGAAUUCCACCGAAUUUGCAAGUAAUAGUCUGGCAAUUGUCACUAAAAUCUUAAGCCUACUUGCGGAUUUCAACAUCCCAAUUCACAAGAAGUUAACCAGAGUCCAAGAAACAGAGUCGGACUUUCCAGGUUGGGUAAGCCCCGACAACAGGAGGCUGCUGCAGGAAACGACCCCUUCUCCAGAUUUAAUAGUGGCACAGGACAGAUCCGGUAAGUACAAAACAAUCAGAGAGGCGGUGGCGGCAGUGCCGAAUAAGAGCAAGACUAGAUUUAUUAUAAAGGUGAAGGAAAGGACAUAUAAGGAGAAUGUGAAUCUAGACAAGAGCAAGUGGAAUGUGAUGAUGUUCGGGGAAGGAAAAACAAAAAACAUCAUUAUCGGCAAGCUAAAUUUCAUUGAUGAAACUCCUACCUUUUCCACUGCUACCUUCGGUAAGUCCAGUCCCCUUCUUAGUCCUCACUUAAUAAUUUUGGGGAAGAAAAAGAAGAUCACAUGGGAUAUGGAUGUUGACAUGUGAAAUUGUUUAUGAUUCAUGAUACUCAUAUGUGGUUUUCUUUUCUUUUCUUUUCUUUUUUUUUAUCUGGGUUUGUUGUUUGAAUGAAAAUGGUGACUCUGA